ACCUCUCAUUUGGCAACACGGCGGCUGUUUCGUUCCGUUGCCAUGGUGAGCGACGUGCGUUAGACGCUAGAAACUUGACAGCCCGUCGUCACAGCCUAGCAAAACAAUUAUCCACUGGCCCCCUGUUGCUCGAAUGAAACGUGUGGAGCCCCCCGCUGCUUGCUCAGUAGCUUGCUGAAAGUUCUGGCUCGUCUCCUCCACCCCGAACUCGCGUGACGUCGCUUCCUCAGGGCUGGCACCAAAUGAACGGCCCGGUGAAGAAUGACAUCCCGAAGAAGCCCGCCGCCGCGCCCCGGACGCCGAAGUCCCCAGCGCCGGCACCAAAACAACCGAACUCGAGCGCAACAAAAACUCCGGCCGUGAACGGAAACCAAGCGCCCAAAGAGUCGCGUGGGAGAUCUCCGAAUACUUCGGCACGAAUGGCAACAGAAAAACUUCGCCAAGAAGCGGCGGCAUUACAGAAAAGGGUAGCGCAGUUCCGUUCGGAAAACCAGGGACUCAAGGCAAAGGUGAAGCGCCUCGAGGAGGACUGUGUGCGCAAGUCGAGGCAAUUGGACAAGCUCGCACAGACAGCCAAGGACAAGGUGGCAGCUGCUCAGGAACAGAAGAAAGGAGAUGAUGCCUUGAAGCAAAAGUGUACCAGACUCGAAAUGCAGCUAAAAGAAAAGGAAGACAAACUGAAAAAACUUCAGGCCAUCCAGAGACGCUCAUCAGAGACAGCCACACCAGAGAAAAUGCACCCUGCCAAAGCUCGGCUGACAAGCAGUCAGCCACGAGGGUCGAGCGCUGAGCUCGUGAAACUUCGUGAGCAGAUGGAUCGUAUCAGCCAAGAGAACCGCCGUCUGGGUUUCCAGCUGAAGGAAAAAGAACAGGAAAUUCGCCGACUGAAGUCCCAGCUGCAGCCGGCGGCACCGACAAAAACACCCGUGAAGACGCCGACAAGGACACCGACGCCUGGCCGUGGCAGUGGCCAGAGACCAGCCAGUUCAUGCCGAGCCGGGUCAGCUGCCACAGAGCCGCGCAAGAAUGUUGCCACAGCCAAACGCUCAAACACCUUCAGUGUCACCCGGGGCCCCCCGCAGCCAGACGACAGAACAGACACGUCGGAAAUUUCAGUUGAGCCAAGAUCAACACCCCCGAACAGCAAGCCGCAGCAAACACUGCCAAGCAGCAGCAGGGAAGUGCCGGCACCCGCUGCAGCAGUAGCCACAUCCAAACCGACUGCCACAGUCAAGCCAGCCGCAUCCAGUCAGUUAAUGGACCCGAAGGUUGAACAGGUCCGGCGCCACCAUGCUGCGAAGAAGAUUCAGCGGGUGUGGCGGCAGCACAAACGGCGGGCCAGCCUGGCAUCUGCAAGCCACUCUGAAGUCUCUGGGCUCUCUGAGGGCUCUCAUCUAUCGCAAGGCUCCCAGGUGCCGUCAAAGGCAAAGCUGAAGGAGCACAAAUAGAACAUCUGGAGCUGCUCAGAAACUCAGUGUAAAGAAACGGGGGAACAAAAAAAACAAAACAUCUUUUUUUUUCAUUCCAUGAUGCACAUUUGGUACAUGCUGGAACGUACAAGUUCUGUCGUUGUGUCACGGCAGGGAACGCCACAAAGUUCGGCGUGAUGCGCUCUCGCAGCAGCCUCUCUGUGAACUUUGCCAAUGCAUUUGCGUUCUGCCCACGAGUCUGUGUAACAGUGUCCACAGCAGCUGAUUACUAUUUUGAGAUGUGUAUGUUGAGAGCAUGUGGUCGUUCUCGGUUCUGUAUUGUGUUGAACAAAGUGCGAAGGAACGGUAUUACAAAAGCCUCGAUGGACAUAGCACUGCUGAUGAUUACGCGUCAUAUUUUUGCUGGCAGAAACUGUGCCGCGAAUUUACACAGAAAGCAGUCUUGCAAGAUGAGCACAGAUUUUGUCUUCAUGUGUGGCUUCUUGGCAAUGGGAUCGGUCUUGCUGUGAAGCCAUACCAGAGUGCAGUAUAUUUACAUACAAAUGUGCUAUGCAUUGCCGUGAAGCCACUACAGCGCUUCAAGAGCAGCAGUGGCAGUGAUAACGACAGAAUAAAUUAGUUCUGCACUGAAACAUGCAAAACUGAUGGUCGAGCUUUGCUUUACACUGACUCUAUGCCAGGUAACCUUUAAGACGGAUGCUGCAGGCAGUUGUUUGGGCAGGUUAUAUGGGGCAUGAAUUGCAUUCUGCCUUCCCCUUUUCUGAGAGCAGUGAUGGAUGUAUGGAUAUUAACACUUCUGGGUGAACUGGGAGAGGACGGAACAAGAAAGGAAAGUAAGAGGAGCAUAGCAGUUUCCUUUCCUGUCCCAUCCUCACGCAGUUCACCCACAGUAUGCACCAACGAGCCCAGCAAAAAACCCUUCUUCAGGAUAUUACACAUCUGCAUGUUGUACAAAUGAAAGCACGGAAUUUCAGAAUUGUCUAAAAUGAAUUAGCAUUCAGGAAGGUCAACACUAACACAAGCUACGAUUUAUUCAUAGGAAGAAAUUUUGCGAGAUGCCAAUGCAGCUAACAGAAAAAGUUACCUGCCAACAUUUGUUAAAGGGUAUCUGCUUUCUUUUAUUGUUUUGUAGGCAUAGUGGGAUUUGCAACAUGUGGCACCACGGAACGUAGGUGUCGUAUGUUACACAUCUUGCAUGUUCGCUUUAAUGUGCGCUUUGUACCAGUAAUGAAAUGUUGGCGCCUUCAAUGGGAUUAGAAAGGCCACAAGACUGUGAAGUUGAAGCAAGCUUGUUACUUGUUGAUGCUGUGCACAUAACUAUUGAUAAGAAACAGAAGCUGGGGUACUCCAGCUUUCCUUUUUCUUUAUUUCGUUGCAAUUCAAAAUACUCGCAUUUCUUUGUUGGUGGUGUAGCGUAGCUCAUAUUAUCACAAUGUUCCCAUAGAAACUCCCAUUUCAAAGAACCUCACUACUUAGUUUUUACGCGAGCAUAGUAUUGUUGCUUGCAUGUAGUCCAGUAUGUUAAGUAUGUGCUCAUGUAUGUUUUGUAGUAAACAAUGCAAUACUCAUUUGUACCAUCACUGACAAUUUUAAGAAAGAGUUUGUGUUUUUUAGGCAAUUAAUUUUUUUUCAAUUAUGCCUAUUUGGUAAAACCGUGUCAAUUACUUUGGAACAUGUUCAGGUUUUGUCUUGCAUCAGAAGUACAGGCUUCAGGCAUUUUUUUUAACGACCUUUGAUUACGUUUUCACAUCUGCCUUUAAAGGGGCUCUGCAACAAAUUUUGUCAAAGAUGUCUAAUAUUUGAUAAAAAAGGGAAUAUAACCUUGGUGAACCUUUUUAAACAAAAAAGCACUUAAAUGCACCUCAAAUGAGUGGAAUUUUCAAUUCAAAUGCUGCCCCUGUAACACAGCCUUCUCCCUGCACUUGGGAUUCCUACUGUACCGAAGUAUGUCUAGAUUGCUCCAUGCAUAAUUCGCUUGAGCUUUAGUAUCAGCGCGACUUCCAUGAUCAGUCCGACCUGCUGCUAAACCUCAGAAGCCAUGGUGUCAUUCUUCACCACUACGUGGUGCGAUUGUCUUGUCAGUUAUGACAUUUAAUUUCCUACUUUUGCCAGAGGCACAGCUUUGUCGCAAUGUAUAAAGAAACCCAGCCAAUGGCAAUCUUGCUUAUUGCUGUGUCGCAGCAAACAUGAAAAGUGAAUCCAGAAGUUCACAAAAGAGCAAGCGGUCCCGAGUGAAAUUGCAAGCCCUGUGCUGGGUGCGCAGGAGUAAAUUUGGCUUAGAUGUUCAUCAAGGCAUUGUCAAUAGGCAGGAUUGCCCUUUGCACUUGCGAAGCAUUGCAGAGCUCCCGCAAUAGCCAAAAGUGUGUUUUAUUAGGCCUUUAUAAUUUUCAGGUGUUUCUCCAGGCAGCACAUUUUCAUAACUAGCGACAGCUCUUUUCAAUUUCGAAGCACAAAAGUGUGCCUUACACUUCUGUUCGAAAAAAAAAGGGGGGGGGGGGGAUGUCACAUUCCAUGUUUUGACCUUUCCAUACAGGCUACUCUAACUUGAACAGACUCUAACACAAGUCUAGGCAACUACUAUAUGAUUUACAAGUGAGGCUUGUGAAAUUUUCUUUCAUCUUGCUGAAAUAUGCAUGAAGAGGUGUAUCGUGGCUUGUAAAUGGCAUUUAAACGAACAGCUGUUUGUUGCUGUUGGCCCUACCCAUUUGUCAAGUGAAUGCUACUGUGAAUGCCAGAUGUGAAGGAUUUUUUUUCCUGUCUUCUCAGUUUCUGAAAUUUUAAACUAAUUGGCUACACCGUCACUAGGUUGGCAUACCAAUAGCCAAAAGAAGUUGGCUUAGCAGUACAGUCGGUGAAUUCAUCUGCUACUAGGGCAUUAAAUGGUGGGUUAAUUACCAUAUUUUCUUUUAUGGGACACGGUGCAUUUUGCCAGUGACAUCAUAGCUUAUGUUUGCAAUUUGAAAUGUCAACCUACAAAAGCGUCAUCAAUUAUGAAAUUGUAUGUAUACCUUGUUUGCUUUGCUCAAAAAGUAGGGCAGUGUACCAUGUGUUGUCUGUGCAAAAAUAAAACCCAUUGCACCGUA